AAUUUCACAAUCCUUGUAGAAUUUCUGAAAUCACAUCAAAUUUUUGAUUUUUUUUUGCUGGAAAAAAAAAUCUAAGUGUCACCAUUGAAGCUCUGUGUAUCUCUGCAACAGUGGUGAUUACAUAGAAUAGUGUCUGUUACAGAGUGUAAGUCUGACUGUCUUAGGUUGUAAGAAAUGAAGGUUUGAUCUUUGGAGUUUGAAGAAAACUGGUUAGAGUUUUUGGGUUCUUCGAGUUUCAAGUGGGGUUUAAUUUUUUUUUCCCAUUUUUCUCUGGUUUUUUAUUUUUUAUUUAUUUUUAUUUUUCAAGGUUGAGUUUAUUGAGAGUUUGCGUUGAAAAUAAUGAUUUUGAUUCUUCUGGGUGUUUGGGUUUGAAGAGAGUUUGGAUCUUUGCUGCCUAGAUUAUAGGGGUUUGGGGUUUUAGGGUUUUUGGUAUGAAAAAACCUUUUUGAAUGGAGGGAACAGAGGGUAUAAAUUCUGGGGUUACAGUGAAGGGUGAGGAAGCUCCGGACACCUACCGGGUGGCAGCGAGGAGCGAAAACCCUAGUGAAUUUGGUGGGUCCACAAUGACAGCUGUGUCUCCGGUAGCGGCUCCGGCUCCUACUCCGGCCACCGUGCCGGCUCCAGCACCCGGAUCCGCGCCGACACCGGCACCUGUCAGCGUGGCCAUGCCAAGUUCGGAAAUGAAGAAGAAGAGAGGGAGGCCGAGGAAGUAUGGUCCCGGUGGGUCCCUGACGAUGGCAUUGUCGCCGAUGCCUAUAUCCUCCUCAAUUCCACUCACUGGAGAGUUCUCAGCAUGGAAACGGGGUAGAGGGCGGCCGGUGGAUUCAUUCAAGAAGCAGCACAAAUCAGAGUCAGAGAGUGCAGGUGAGCGGGUUGCAUAUUCUGUUGGUGCUAAUUUCACACCCCAUGUGAUCACUGUUAAUGCUGGCGAGGAUGUUACUAUGAAGAUCAUAUCAUUCUCACAACAAGGGUCCCGGGCUAUUUGUAUUCUUUCUGCAAAUGGUGCAAUUUCGAAUGUUACCCUUCGUCAGCCUAACUCUUCCGGGGGUACUUUGACUUAUGAGGGUCGUUUUGAGAUACUUUCUCUGUCUGGAUCAUUUAUGCCUACUGAAAGCGGAGGAACAAAGAGCAGAUCUGGUGGGAUGAGUGUCUCUUUGGCAGGUCCAGAUGGCCGUGUUCUGGGAGGAGGACUUGCUGGUCUAUUAGUAGCUGCUGGCCCUGUUCAGGUUCUAGUGGGAAGUUUUCUGCCAGGUCACCAGCAGGAGCAAAAGCCAAAGAAGCAGAGAAUCGAGCCUGUACAAGCUGCUAUCCCAGCUACUGUGAAUUCUAUGCCUAGAGAAGAAACACUGGGGGCAAAUGGUGGACCAAAUCUGAAUCUCACAUCUCCCUCUUCCUUCCAUGGAGACACCUGGGCUUCUCUGAACUCCAUGCAGGGCUCAAGGAAUCUGGAUAUUGAAAAUAAAUUACCGGUAUCUGAAGGGGAAACUAAAGGACCCAGUCAAUGAGGAAAUGAGGUUUCUUGCUGACCAUGAUUACAUUUAGGUUUUCAGCAGGAUAAACUCGUUAGCCAUUUAUCGUCAUAGGGCAAGUUAGGGCUUAACAUUACAUCUUGGUUUUACCAGGGACUUGUAAUCUUUGUUUUUAGGAACUAGGUAGGACUGUAGUAGGCUUAUCCUGCAUCUGUUGUCAUCAUAUGUUUAUCUGGUGUUGUUUGAGUUGUUGAUGUAGAAUAUUUGGAUGCAUGACACCUUGUUUGUCAUUCUUCUGAUUGUGUUCUUGUGCCUGCAAGACUGAACUUUUAUGUGGAUUUUUUUAUUGGAUAUGAUUUCCUAUAUUUGGUUAAAUUAAAAGUGCAGAAAUGGAAUGAUAUUUCA